AUGAUCGGUUCAGAACCCAAGAAUUUUCACAUGGACGCUGCAAAGCAGGCUGGCGGUGGCUUGUAUCCCGUACAGUGGACUGCGAACUGCGGCUCGACGUUCAAGCUGCGAGGUGAUGGCGGAUGGGCAAUAAGCUCUCGUGUGUUCUACCAGGGAAGCGACACGGCAAAAGAGAUUCUAGCCUUCCAUGGCGGGCUGCAGGCGCGGUGUACCUGCUUGCCCUCCAAGGCUGGCAGCCCUCGGAAGUACCUCCUGCCAGCGCACUCGGCGUUAGAUUGGCUCGCCACCUACAAGCUGGCCCCAUGA